AUGUCUUUGCUAUCCUUUGCCACUAUAGUUUUAAAAAGAGGGGUCACCUUACGUUUAUCUCAUUAUUUUAGCAAUAUUAACCGUAAUCAUGUUUCUCGAAAUUAUUCUUUUAGUUCAGUAACGACUAAAACAGUUCAUGACGUGAAUACCAAAGUUGCAAAAGACGUCAUAUUAUUCAAAUAUGAGAAUCCUACGUUUUUUAAAUACAUGAAUAUAUUUGCAAUUGUCCAGUACAUGUUUUGGUCAUACCUUGGUGUUUUUGCCUUUAAUUCAUUGAGAGAUGCGCCGGUGGAUAAGUCAACAAUAACAGAUGAAACUCCUUGGUUCAGAAGAAUAAAUCUGGGCGAAAAUAAAUACAGAAAUACUUUAGGGACUGUUGCUUUGGUUGUUGGCACAGGAUCUUUAGCCAUGGUAUGGAUGUACACCCUGAAGUCAGUGAGAUAUUUAAUCCUUAACAAAGGUGGACAGCACUUGACUUUUGUAACAUAUGGCCCCUUUGGAAAUAACCGCAUUAUGAAAGUGCCAAUAGAAAAUGUUUCUUGUAAAGAGAGCAGGAAACUGGCAAAAGUGCAGCUACCCCUUAAAGUUAAGAAUACAGUAAUGCACUAUAUGUUAGAUAUGAGGGGAGAAUUCAAGAACCCUCUUUUGUUUGAUAGCACUGCUGGCCUUUCCAGAAAAUGGUGA